ACCGCCGCCGCGCGGCCACACCUGCAUUAAAGUGGGGAAGUCCGGCAGGAGAAGAGGAGGAGGAGGAGCGCGCGGGCAGACCGCGGAGCUGUGCGGACAGAGCAGAGCCGACAACCGGAGCGCCUCCGCCGGAUCCAUCCGCAGCGCUCCGGCCGUCCAGACCCCCCAAAAAGGCGGAGAACGGCGCGUGCGGGGAGGCGCGCUUCCGAGGAUUAACAUGAAACGGAGCAGAGCGGAGGAACGACCGAUCCAGACUGAGCGGAUGAGCGCGCAGAUUUUUCCUUGUGAUCCAUGACAAAGCGAGGAUACUAACUCCGCCAUUGUCCCAGAGCUGUUUCUGGACAGAGUGACACUCCCCAAGUGCCUUGACUGUCCAUUGUGACCGGAGCAGAAAGAGACAUCCAGCUGCUCUGCUUACUUUUUUUCCCCCUUUAAACAUCAAUUCUCCUGGCCAGCCAUAAGUGCCAGACCAAGAAAAGUGCUUAAAUUUGAUCUCUAUCCUUCGUCCUCCUCCCCUCCAUCCUGGUCCUUCAUUACUUCACCCCUGCCUCAUCUUGAGUUCAGCCCCAUUCGGAGUCCCACAUGACAACUCGGAAACAUCCGCUCCUCUCCCACUCCACACGAGUCUUCUUUCCUCUCCCUCCAUCCCCCGUGGCGCUUGGCACCAGUGCCCAUCACAUAGACAGAUGGAGCCAACCCUGACCCCUCUCCUCGCCUACGGGGAUGCCAAGAGAAUCAGCGCCUGACUGGAGGAGAGGGGAGUAAGCGCAAAAGCGAAGGGAGAGGCACGGAGGGGAGAAGUAGACCGUUGCUUUGUCGCCACGGCAACACGUCCGACAAACUCUCCUGGAUGCCACUUCAUCCGCAGACGAGGCUCUGGGAUAAAACGCCACGCGGCAGGAAGCUCAGCGGGCGGGAACAGAAGGACCUUAUGGUCCCCCACUUUGAUUGUCCAUCAGACAUCCCACUCUGUGUCUUUUUGUUUUUAGAGUGAACAAAAUAAUCCAAAUUGUUAAAAAAAAAAAAAAAAAACUACAGUUAAAUCUUCAUUCAGAGCACAUCUUUCAGACAUUUUUCUUGAUCAGUGAUCUAAAUAAUUUGAUGAAAGUUGCAGUGGCCCGACAAAAAGCAAGCCAGCAGACGAGGGUGCUCUGUUCACCAAGAAAAGCACAAGAAGAACUUCCCCAACAGCAAAACAAACUUCAGUCCAUCUGCCUUUGGGAGCAGCUUUGGUGACUGCUGCUACAGCGGAGAGCCAAACUGGAAAGUCUGCGGCUGGGAUUCUUUGCUUUGAAUAUCGAUGCAGAAAGAACAAUUUGUAUCCAUUGAGUGUGAGCUGUAAAGAUUUUCUCUCACACUGGAGCCACACUUCUGACUUUGUUGAGCCCAUUAUUUGAGCGUCGAGCCACUAAAAACUGGGCUCAGUCGAGAGUUUUAAGGUAGUCUGAAAAAAAAACUUGACUGCCACCAACUGCAGCCCCGUUAAACAAGAAUACCAAGCACGACAGGAUCUUUCAUCUGGAAAACUGAGAUUAUCGGGUGGCUUUUACUGUCUUUGUUGAGGAUUCGUCUAUCUUCAGUCAGCUUGGAGGGGCACCAGGAUGCCAGAACUGGAAAAUUACCCACCAGGAGCCAGAGGCUCUGAACUGGAUGUCAGUGGGCCGGCAAACCCCGCCCAGAUCCAGCACAGCAUCCUGGAGGAGCAGGUGGAGCUGUGGUGGUUCCGAGAUCCUGGGAAGUCUUUACUCUGCUACUGCAUCGCCGUGCUUUUGAUCCUGGGCUGCGGGCUGGGCGGCGUCGGCCUCCUCUCCACCACCACCAGCGUGUCGAGCGAGUGGCGGCUGGGCGUGGGCACGGCCCUGUGCCUGCUGGCCCUGGGGGUCCUGCUCAAACAGCUGCUCAGCUCCGCCGUGCAGGACAUGAACUGCGUCCGAAGCCGACAGCGGAUUGACAUGCUGAAGAGCGGCGGGCUGUCGGACCUGCUGGUGGUUUUGAUCACUGGGCUGGCGCUGCUGAUUUGCGGAGGCGUUCUCCUACAUCUGGCCCUGAUAAACCACAUGCCAAAGCCAGGCCAAGCCCUUAACGACAUGUACAUCUCUGGAGUGGUUUUGCUGGCUGGAGGGGGAGCAGCAGUCGUGGGUGUUGGGAUUUACCUGGUGGUGGUGGUCCUCCUUGAGAGAACGAGGCAUGGACGGAGAUUCGUGGAUCGAGUUUUGAAUAUAUUCACGGUAUCGGGACACAUGGACCGUCACGCUCGCAGAGAGACUACCUCCAGCUUGGCUAAUCUCCUUUGAGCUGCAGUAUCAUUAGAGCUGUGUGUAUAUUGACAGCUUAAUUAUGCCCAGUUAUUUCAAAAAAACCUAACAUGCCUCACCAAGUGAUCAUACUAUGCAUGAAACAAAAAGAGAACAUCCAUUGAUAUAAAGUUGAGAGUGGUGGAGAGUUGUUGUCUGAGCAUCAACGUGAACAAAUCAAAAGAGAUAUUUAGUCAUGACAAGCACAAGAUUAGACAUAGAACAGUUGCUGGCUGUCAUCUCAAAUGAUCCAACAGAUCCGUCAUGGGACAGUUUGAAGACUCUUCUCUUUUGUAGACAUUCAUAAUAAAGCAUGUAUUAAUAUCAGGUCACGAGACCUUGAAGCACACAUCAGAAUACAGAACAAAACCAUAAAUCUUUAUGAUACAAGCUCCACCCUCUCAAGGUUCAUGUGUUUACACGCCGCUGACAUUUUCUUUCAGACAGCAAAAAGACAACAUGAUUGUUGGACAAUGAAUCUUAUCAGGAAACUCCAGGAUGUUAGGAGAAUUGUUUUGUUGUUGAUCAGCAACGUAUUGUUGUGACUGUGAAUCUCGCAGCGCUUUAUUAUGUUCGAAACAGUAUUAGGUCGUGUUUUUGAUAUUAUUGCAUUAAAGAUCUUCUGUCAUGUU